CGGAAACAAAGCUUGGUCUAUCGCAGCUGUUCCAACAAAAACAUCCAAGAGAAAGCGCACUCAACAUUCAUACGAAAACCAUCCAAAUCAAUACUCGAGGAACAAAUAAUGCAAACCGGGAAGACCACACGUCCUUCGACAUAGCGAUGGCUCCGCACAGAGGCCGUAGCACAUCGCCGCAGCGCUCUCCCCGUGCUCCACAUCUGGAAUACGUCUCCGAAGACGAUUCCAUCCUCGGUUCUCGCCAACUUGAAGCAUUCGGCCGCACCGUCCACGCGACUGCUACACACCUCGUCUCCUCAAACUUCGAUGCUGCUGCCGGGAACGAGCACUACCGCAAUGCAUUGAGUAGUGUUCAUCGUCUGGCGCAACGAUCGGCAAUACAACGGAGCGUUUUCAGUUUCGCGCGCGCCAGCAACCCUCGGGAGCUUCUUCGCAGCAAGUUCAGUUAUGCCGAAAUCGAACAUCGAGCGCUGUCAUAUUUACCAGAUGAGCUCAUACGCAAUGCGCCAGAGAGGAAAAGCGCAUUUAGUUUACUUGACGGUUUCAAGGCCAGCUUGCCCAGCAAUGAUGAAGAUGUCGACGCUGCUGUCAGUGGGAAGAAGAAGGCUCAUAGUCGGCGAAAUAGCAAGGGACAGAAGCUGUUGACAGCGGUUGAGGAAGAGGAGAAAGGGCCGGCCAAGCUGGUGAAAUGCAGACGAGAUCGAGAUCGACUAGAGCAUAAGCUGGAGAUGAUGGGUGUCAGAAAAACCAUGUGCGCCAGUGAAAUUCGAGAAAUCGAUGAAAAGAUUGCCAAUCUCAAUACCAUGCGCAAGGUCAUUCUCGAACGACUGGCUGGUCUGGAAGACGAGGAGCGUGAUAUGGAGCAUGAGUUAGGGAUCACUAUGGACCGAUUGGACACGUUACAAGAAGAGUUUGAUGAUGAAAUUGCUUUGGCUUCGAAGAGUCCUGCGCUGGGCGCGAUACGGGAAGGAACUUCCGCUUUGUUGGAGGAGCCACUCGUGACCGAGACCAUUGAGAGCUCAUCAGGAUCUUUGUCGCAAAGCAUCCAAACGAAGACACCGAAUGCCGCCCGAGAGAUGACACCCAAGUCCAAGAGGAAGAGGGUUCCACGCAAAGUGUCCACCCCAGUGCUACAUGAAGUCAUGGAGUCAGGCAGUCAGAUCCGCGAGCUCCAUGCGCAUAACGAUAUGAUCACAGCCUUGGACUUUGACACGCCAUUCGGUACCCUGGUCACUGCUUCGCUAGACGAUACUGUUCGGGUAUGGGAUCUCAACGCGGGACGCUGCGUGGGUCUGUUGGAAGGUCAUUUGUCUAGCGUGCGAUGCCUUCAAGUAGAGGAAAACAUUGUCGCAACCGGAUCCAUGGACGCCACCAUUCGUCUAUGGGACCUCAACAAUGCCGACUACACGCCUCCUGUCUCCAGCAGUAUUUCGAAGAACGACGAUCCAGAUGCGCCAUCAUCCGGUGAAGAUCUCUAUUCAACCCCCGAAGGCCAAAGUGCCUCCUCUGAGCCACCUCGCAACACAUACCGCGCCGAUGCCAUGUCCGACUGCCACCUCUUUACUCUGACCUCACAUGUCGCCGAGAUCACAGCCCUCCAUUUCCGCGGCAACACCUUAGUCUCUGGCUCUGCAGACAAGACCCUACGACAAUGGGACCUCGAAAAAGGCCGCUGUGUGCAAACCCUCGAUGUCCUCUGGGCUGCCGCCCAAGCCUCCACGAUCAACACCAACGUCAAUGCCGCACCCCCCUCCGCCUUCUCACCUUCGUUCUCCAACUCUACCGCUGGCGGUGGAAAUUGGUGGCGACCGACGACAGGCCGCAUGCAAUCCGCCGAGGCAGACUUCGUCGGUGCUAUUCAGGUCUUUGAUGCUGCCCUCGCGUGCGGAACUGCUGAUGGUAUGGUUCGACUCUGGGAUCUACGUAGUGGAAUGGUGCAUCGCAGCCUUGUGGGCCACACAGGUCCUAUCACCGCGUUACAGUUCGACGACGUAUUUCUAGUCACGGGAAGUCUCGAUCGAAGCGUCCGGAUCUGGGAUCUCCGCACCGGAAAUAUCCACGAUGCAUUCGCCUACGAUUCAGCCAUUACAUCUUUACAGUUCGACUCCCGCCGGAUCGUCGCUGCCGCGGGCGAGCCCGUCGUGAAAGUCUACGACAAAACCGAAGGCCGCCAAUGGGAUUGCGGAGACCCGGAGAAUAACUCCUCGAUUGUCGAACAUGUCCGUAUCAAAGACGGGUAUCUCUGCGAGGGCAGGAAGGAUGGUGUCGUGGGCGUGUGGAGCUGUUGAUCAUGAUCGCUAUGACAAGGCGCAGUGCGAAGGAGAAGUUCCCGCUCCCUUUUCUUGCGGACGAAGGUGUUGCUAUACGUCUUAUGCCUUGCCAAUGUAUACGUGUGUGUGUUCGGAGAGGCUAGAGUGAGGUGUCUGCCCUAUGAAGCGACAUCGCUACGAAUUUUCAUUUGAUCACGAUUGGGCGACGAGUCGCUCUCAUCGAUCGUGGACAGGGUGAAGUUCUUCCUGGAAUCACUGUACAACUCGUAUUUUAUGAAAUUCUGCAUUGUCGUCUCAUCAUUU